AUGGGGGGCAGAAUCAGUGCUGAGUCUAAAGAAUCAAAUAAACGAUCACGAGAGCUUGAAAAAAGACUUCAAGAAGAUGCGAUCAAAGAUUCUAGGACAGUCAAGUUGCUUCUUUUGGGAGCUGGCGAAUCAGGCAAGAGCACCAUUGUGAAACAAAUGAAGAUCAUCCAUAACCACGGCUACUCGGAUCAGGAGUGUGAGGAGUACAAAUCGGUGGUUUACAGCAACACCCUGCAGUCCAUUCUCUCGAUUGUGAAGGCCAUGUCCACUCUCGGAAUCGCAUAUGAGAAUGGGCGAAGGACAGAAGAUGAAAAGCAGCUUUACGCCAUGGCGGAGGUGACAGAGGAUGGGUCCAUGACUCCGGAACUGGCUGGCAUCAUCAAGCGCCUGUGGGAGGAUCCAGGGGUCCAAGCUUGUUUCGAAAGAGCGUCUGAGUAUCAGCUGAAUGACUCUGCUGCCUAUUUACUCAAUGAUUUGGACAGACUGACAUCUCCUGGCUAUGUUCCUAAUGAGCAAGAUGUUCUUCGUUCACGAGUGAAAACAACGGGAAUUAUUGAGACACACUUUUCUUUCAAGGAAUUGCACUUUCGGAUGUUUGAUGUGGGCGGACAGAGAUCCGAGAGGAAAAAGUGGAUCCACUGCUUUGAGGGAGUGACCUGCAUAAUCUUCUGUGCAGCCCUUAGUGCCUACGACAUGGUCCUGGUGGAAGAUGAGGAUGUGAACCGAAUGCACGAAAGCCUCAACCUCUUCAGCAGCAUCUGUAACCACGAAUACUUUUCCACCACUUCUAUUGUGCUGUUUCUCAACAAGAAAGACCUUUUCCAAGAAAAAAUCACCAAAACCAACCUCCGCGUCUGCUUUUCAGAAUACGAUGGUCCCAACACUUUUGAAGACGCUGGAAAUUACAUUAAGAAACAAUUUUUAGACCGAAACAUCAGAAAGGAAGACAAAGAGAUCUACGCCCACUUGACAUGUGCCACAGACACCCAGAACGUGAAGUUUGUGUUCGAUGCUGUAACAGAUAUCAUCAUCAAAGAGAACCUCAAAGAUUGUGGACUCUUUUAA